UGUUGUUUGAGAUGUUGGCGGGAGAUGUGCACUAGAAUUUAGUGAGCCAAACAUUAGUAGCUUGUUAUGAGCUAAGUUAGUUAGCUAAAUAUCUUAAGAACUGGGCACAUAUUUUAUUUCAAAUGGACUGCUUCAAUAUCUAUGUGGUUUUUGGGGUAAAUGACCCACCCCAACGGCUGAUAAGAGCUAAGGGGCGUGACUGUUAUUCCAUCGCAGUGCCGCCUGCUGUCCAGCAGGUGGUAGUGUUCUCAAAUGGGAGAUGGGGGACACGUGCCGUCAUCAAGGUGGAAUUGACGGAAUCGGACAAGGCUCCCGUCACGCUGGGAAAUUUAACGCCAGACAGCAAGUGCAUUUCGUGGGAGUACUGGGAAGGAGAUGUUGGGAGCCGUGGUCUGACAUUAACAGCAUCGCUGGAGGGAGAGAGUUCGGUUGAAGAAGAGUUUGAUGACCCCCACUUUGUGCUAUCGAAGAAAGAAUGCACUCCAAAGUUCGGUGGGGUGGCUGCCUCGUUUCGGGAGGUGCCAGGGAAGCGGAAGAGGGGACAGGAGAAGGACCCGGAGUUGGGCGGCAGGGGGCAGGAGAACGUGUGCCCCAACUACUCCUCGCCAUCUCAGAAGGCGACCCCUCGCAGAACGGUCAGAGGCAAUGUCCGAGGCAGUCAGAAGGAGCUCUUCAGCCACAGCAAGGAGCAGGCUGACCCCGGCGUGCCUCAAAAUCACAAGGUCAAAGGCAAACAAGCCACGGCUUCCGCACAGACCGUCUCCAUGACCAACCCUUCAGGUCGCUGGGGUCAAACCCUCUGCCCUGUUGACCCCCAGACUGCCAUUCUGAUUGGUGGACAGGGUUCCAGGAUGCAGUUCUGUAAGGACCCUAUGUGGAAACUAUGCACUGAGGACCUGUCCUGGGUGCCUGCGGAAACGCUGGCUCAGGGUCCCACCCCGGAGGGCAGGAUAGGCCACACGGCCACCUUCGACCCCGAGUCCAGACGCAUCUUUGUCUUCGGCGGUUCCAAGAACAAGAAGUGGUUCAACGACGUCCACAUCCUGGACACGCAGAGCUGGCGCUGGACCAUGGUGGAGGCCCAGGGUAAAGUUCCCCCGCUGGCCUACCACAGUUGCAGCCUGUUCCGCGGGGAGCUGUUUGUCCUUGGAGGGGUGUUCCCGCGUCCUCACCCUGAGCCUGAUGGCUGCAGCGACUCCCUCUACAUUUUCAACCCUGACAUGGCCAUCUGGUACCAACCCAUCGUCAACGGAGACCGCCCUGCCCCUCGAUCUGGGCACUCGGCAUGUGUGCUUGAGGGGAAGAUCUUCAUGUUCGGGGGCUGGGACACGCCUGUGUGCUUCAAUGACAUGCAUGCGCUCGACCUGGGGCUGAUGGAGUUUUCACCUGUGAAGACCAGUGGAACCCCGCCUUCCCCUCGGAGCUGGCACGGCUGUGCUGUGCUCUCAGACUCCAAAUUCCUGGUCCAUGGAGGCUAUAAUGGGAACAACGCCUUGGCAGAUACUUUCAUCUUUGAUACAGCCUCCAGCAGUUGGACCACGGUGGUUAACCCACGCUUGUCCGCUGUGCCACGAGCAGGACACUCCAUCAUCACUAUGGCCAGUACUCACACAGAGUUUUCUCAGCACUCCAUGGAAGAUGGGGAGGAGAAAGUGUGUGUGGAGCCUUGUCCACAGACCCUGCUCAUUUUUGGGGGUGGUGAUAAUGAAGGUAGCUUCUUCUCAGAUCUGACAACCCUGCUGAUUGAUGAGGUACUGGAUUAAAUAUGUAUAUACAUGGGAGGGACAAAGGACCUUUUAUUUUUUGCAAAUUUGUAAAUGCAAUUUUAGAAUUCUUGUUUUUUUUUUUUUGGUUUUUAUGUAU